AUGCUUAGCCGCUCAAAGGUAAAGCUUAGUGGGUUUGACGUAAAUGCAUUGUACCCACAUGGCGUUCCAAAGCGGACCUUCCCGUACCGUGAGCACCCCAAGCAGAUUUCUACUGCUCCCACGGCUGGUGGUUUUUAUCUAACGAAAUAUGCUCUUGGAUGGCCCUUCCAGAUCCCUUUUGAGUGGCUCUUCUACCGGACUUCUAUCCUCACGUUUGUCGCUUGCGUGUUGUACGACCUCUUCUAUGGACUUCCUCUUCCUCUAAUGAAGGAAGUACCACCGGGCGCACCAAAACAUUUCUUCUUCAACAAUGCGGGUGGAACACCACAUCACUUGUGGCAAUACCAAGAUGGAUGGAAAGUGCCAAAUAUGUCCGGUGCGCGCCGGUGGGUCGACUAG